AUGGCACAACCUCAAGUACCUCAAUUCUUUGGCUUGAUACCGACAGGCCAUGCGCCAAUUCUUACUCCCACGAACGCGCCAACACCGACUUCACUUGUCUAUACGAUACCUGUCGUUCAAUCGCGGCCGUUUUCGCAUAUUGUGGUCUUUCUAGUACCAGGCGUCGAACUACCUCCCGACACCGCAGCCUCAGUCUACAUCUCCCUCCCCUCCCCCGGGCCCUCAGAGCCCACGUUCAAAUUCCUAGGAGGCAUCGGUCCCGGCAAAGAAUCCGCAAUCUUCAAAAUCAGCGGCCUUUCCAACGGCAACUCCAGCCAUGAAGUCGACAUGGACGCCCCGGAAUCCUCUCCCGCCGGCGAUAUCACGAUCGGCAUCUCGAUCGAGCCCGCCUCGCAAGUAUCAGCGCAAAUGGCGUCGUUGAGCGCAUCAAACUCGCAAGCGCUGGUCGUAGCGGCAAAACCACAGCAGAAACCUGAUACGUUGGUGCUUGCGCAGCGGAUUAUCAAGAAUGCAUUCAAUUUUCUGGCGAGUUUCAGUGGAAAUGUGGCGGGUGGGAUUGAGGUUGUGCCAUUGAAGGCUUUUGAGGAGUGGUGGAGAAAGUUUGAGGGGAAGGUCAGGAAUGAUCCGGGGUUUUUGGAAAGGGAUGGGGAUUGA